AAUAGGUCAUGUGAUCAUAAAUGGUGGCCAACCUUCUGACGAAAAGUAGGGACUAUAAACAAAACAAUUUACGUCAUAAACUUAUGAUUAAUUUGACUAUGUUUGAACAGAGAUCAUAAUGGGAGAGGCGGCAGGCGCUACAGGAUCAAGUACCUCACAACUGUGCCAAUUGCAAAUCUCAAUUGUUUCGGCAAAAUUUUCCUCAGGUGGAGGUUUAUUUUCUGCGAAACCGGAUUCUUACUGUGAAGUUAGUGUUGACGGUCAACCACCACGUAAAACAGACGUACAGAAAAAAUCUGUUAACCCUAAAUGGGAUGAACAUCUAACAGUUCUAGUUAAUCCCAACUCUAAAUUAGAAUUUCGAGUUUUAAGUCAGAAUAGUAUACGUGCAGACACAUUACUUGGAAAUACUGUGGUAGAACUCACUCCACUACUGCAAAAACAUGGCGGCAAAUUUGAUAAUUGUAUGAAGACUUCUGAUCUGAAAGUUGAUGGUAAAGGAAAAACAGGGGAGCUAACUAUUAUUUUAAAUGGUAUGGAUGUGAGCAACCGACCUGUUGUACGAAAUGCAUCUGGAGGUAGAAAUAACAAAAAAAGCUCAAAUGGAUCGGUUAACAAACCAGAUCGACCGGAGAGACCUCCAAAUAGAGCUUCAAAAAACGCUGCAGUAGUAAGAGGGCCUGCACCAACUCCUCCAUCAAACCCGGUCUUUCAAUCACCUCCACUUGUUUUACCCACAACACCUACUACUCCAGGUACACCAGCUACACCAGCCACACCAGCUACACCAUCUACUCCAGCUACACCAUCUACUCCAGCUACACCUUCGGUGGCAGGCCCACCAUCUUUUGCAACAGCAACAGCAACAAAUGAUAGUGGGAGUGCAUCACCAGCUGCGGGGGCUGCAUCUGCUAGUACUAACGGUGCACCACAAGGAACACCUCCCGUGGAUAAUGAACCAAUUGCACCAGGUUGGGAAACCCGCUAUGAUCAGCAUGGAAGGCCUUAUUAUGUCGAUCAUAACACAAGAACAACAACGUGGGAAAAGCCACAACCACUUCCUCAAGGAUGGGAAAGAAGGGUUGACCAGAGAGGUAGAGUUUAUUAUGUUGAUCAUAAUACAAGAACAACUACUUGGCAACGACCCAAUGUUGAAUCAUUAAUCAACUGGCAACAAUGGCAGGAAUGGAGGAAUAACAGAACAUUAGAAAAUCUACAGCGAAGAUUCCUCUUCCCACAAGCAGAUGCACAAGCUCCAGAUAAUGAUCCGUUAGGUCCAUUGCCUGAAGGAUGGGAGAAACGAGUAGAUGCUAAUGCUCGAGUAUAUUUUGUAAAUCACAAAAAUAGAACAACACAAUGGGAGGACCCUAGAACACAAGGAAUUAUGCAAGAAGAUCCGCUACCAGAAGGAAUGGAGAUGCGAUAUACUGCAGAAGGUGUUCGAUAUUUUGUUGAUCAUAAUACUCGAACAACAACAUUCCAAGAUCCCAGAGGUGGCUCUUGUAAAGGUCCUAAAGGAGCAUAUGGUGUAUCUAUUCAGUAUGAACGUAGUUUUGUUUGGAAACUAGGACAGUUUAGAUAUUUAUGUCACUCCAAUUCUUUGCCUGGCCAUGUUAAAAUUACCGUUGCUAGGGAUAAUAUGUUUGAAGAUUCUUUUGCACAGAUUAUGAGGUUAAAACCAUUUGAUCUGAGAAGAAGAUUAUACAUGAUAUUUAAAGGUGAAGAGGGAUUAGAUUAUGGUGGAUUAGCUAGAGAAUGGUUUUUCCACCUGUCUCAUGAUGUAUUGAAUCCUAUGUAUUGUUUAUUUGAGUAUGCUAGUAACAGUAAUUAUAGUUUACAGAUUAAUCCAGCCUCUAGUGUUAAUCCUGAUCAUUUACUUUACUUCCGCUUUAUUGGCCGAUUUAUUGCCAUGGCUUUGUAUCAUGGUAAAUUUAUUGACAGUGGUUUUACACUGCCUUUCUAUAAAAGAAUGUUGAGUAAAAAACUAACCAUAAAAGAUUUAGAAUCUAUAGAUCCAGAAUUUUACACAUCUUUAACAUGGAUCAAAGAUAAUAAUAUAGAGGAAUGUGGUCUGGAGCUUUAUUUUGCCUGUGAUUUUGAGAUUCUGGGUAAAAUAGAUCAACAUGAAUUAAAACCGGGUGGAGCAGAUAUCAAAGUUACAGAUGAAAACAAAGAAGAAUAUAUUAAUUUAAUGACCAACUGGAGAUUUACCAGAGGUGUAGAAGAACAGACUAAAGCUUACCUGGAAGGAUUUAAUGAAGUUGUACCAUUGCAGUGGUUACAAUAUUUUGAUGAAAGAGAGCUCGAGUUGAUGUUAUGUGGAAUGCAGGAAAUAGAUGUUGAUGAUUGGGAGAAGAACACUAAAUACAGACAUUAUCAACGUAACAGUAAACAGAUUGUUUGGUUCUGGAAGUUUGUACGAGAGAUUGAUAAUGAGAAGAGAACUAGAUUAUUACAGUUUGUUACUGGUACCUGUCGUCUACCUGUUGGUGGAUUUGCUGAACUCAUGGGGAGUAACGGACCUCAGUGUUUUUGCAUAGAAAAGGUUGGAAAGGAAACCUGGCUUCCGAGAAGUCAUACCUGUUUUAAUCGACUUGAUCUCCCACCAUUCCGUAGCUACGAGCAAUUGGUUGAAAAACUCACUUAUGCUAUUGAGGAAACAGAGGGCUUUGGACAAGAGUAGAUAACUCUUACUGGGUAGAAAUCGUACUUUUACCUCCCAUUCAUUGUGCUAAACUAUACAAGAUAUGUGAUAUUUAAGGAUAGAGACAAUCCUUGUCUGGUUCCAUUAGUGAGUUAUUAGUGGUAGACUGUAAUAUCUGUGAUUUUAUAUAGAGAUAAAUUAAAUGUUAAAAAAAAAGCUCUAAUUCUAUCACUGAUUGUUUAUUGGAUAAUAUUUAAUAUAUAACUAUGCAUAGACUGAUUACUUUAUCGCAUUCAUUCUUUUGAAGCAAUCUUUUAUAAACACCAAUAUCCAUUUUCUUGAAACUUGACCAUGUAAAAUUAGAGAUUAGUACUACAUGUGUCGAGCUUCACACUGAUGUUGAAGUUCACAUACUAAAGUCAUAUAGCUUGAUGCUUAUACUCUUUUACCUCGACCCAACUGCUGAACGGACUCGCAAUAGGAGUGCUUGUUUGUUGGCCCAGAAUAUUCUGAAGUGAAUUGCAAUCCAGUGUAACAUAAGUUUGUCCUGCCUCAGCAUGAUCAGUCUUGGUAAAAGAUGUGUGUGCGUAGAACCAGGACAUAUAUAUAUCAGUUAUGAUGAUUGGUUGGGAUAGCUUCUCGAUGUCUGGAAUUCUCUUGUUUCCUCAAUAUUCACUGUGGGAGCUAGAGAAUUAAAUUCUUGAAGGAUCAAUCAAGUAUCGCUCACAAAGCAGUUUAAAGCCUUGCUAACCGCAACCUUAAAACAGGAUGUGCUAUAGGACUCAUAGCGUAGUUGCUUCUCUUACCCGGUCAAAGUUCAAUAAGAAGACUAUUGCACUCCAUUAAAACAUUAGUAUCAACAGGUAUAUAUAGACAUUUUAUAUAGGUAUCUUUUAUAUUUAUACUAUUUUAUUUAGUUAUGUAUAUAAUUAAAACAAAUAUAAGUAAUUAAGUAAAUUUUCUUGUGAAAAUCAUUCAGCUACAUAUUUCUUCAACAUUAAUCAUUUUCUUCAGACUGAACAUGCAUUUAAAUUACACUCUCUGAACGUGUCAUGAAUUAGUUUUUGUGACAGCAGUACAAGUAUGUCAUCAAGGUGUUGGAAAAUCUAUGUACACAUGUCUGUUUAGCAUCAUGCAUGUGUAUAAUGCCAUUAUAAUGUGUAAGCUUUGUUUGGCAAAAUAUGGUUAUAGUGGCCUUUUGAUCUUAUUCUGUAAUAGAAAACCAAUUGUCAAAGGUUUUUUUUUACCACAUUAUCUGAUUGAUUAUGGUUAUUUAAUGUUUUGUGGAAUACUAACAAAUUGAAACAAUAAAUAUAUGUUAAGCUUGUCAAUCAAUGAAUCAAACUAUACUGGUUAUAUAAUGAAAUCUGUUGUAUGUACAUUUCUAUUUGUUGAACUCUAUCUCUUCAAUGUUAUAACUGUUAUAGUCAUUGUAAUAUUAUAGAGAUAUCAUAUUAAUAUAUUGUACAUAAAGUAAUGAAUUAUUUUUUGAUGACUAGCCGUGUAGAUAAGUAAACUAAUGUAUGUAAAACAACAGGUAGAUAUAGAAGUCAGUUGUUUUAUACAGUUAUUAUAGUAGAUUUUUAUAUUAGAAAAUAUCACGUCAAUUUAUACUUAUUCUAUAUAAAGAUAUGUAAACUUCAUAUGUAUUAAUAAAAAUGUAGUAAAAGAUUAAUAGGUGAUAAAAAAAAAAUUACAAAAUAUAUGACAGCAAAUAUCUUGUGAUGUCAUUAUAUCCCAGAAAAAGUUUACUGAAUUUGUGAAAUAAUAUUGCAAAAAAAAUACACAUCUGUUUAAUUUAGAUUUGUAAAAACAAAAAUAGAAUAAAGUAGAUAAUGGGCACAUAAAAAGAUAUAUUAAAAUUUUGAUUGUACCAAAUUAUGAUAAUUAGUGCAAAUAUAUACAGAAAUUUAAACAUGCUUUACAACUUUCAUGUAUAAUGAUGAUUUCACAAGCUAGUUGACAUCACAAUUUUUGUCUAUUAUUAGUAACUCAUUUAUCACAUAUUCAAAGAUUGCUCUAUAACUAUAACACGAGGUACCCAAACAAAACAUUGUUAUAACUAGUGUUUAAAAAAUGGACUAAUUGACUAAAAGGUUUUUAAUUUCUGAAUACUAACACAAAAAAUCAUUCAAAUGUAUUAUAGCCGAAAUUGUUCUUUUAUAUCUUUGGUUGAUAUAUAACAGUAUAUAUUAUUUGGUGUUUUAUAUAUUAUAGUUACAGAUAUCAACUCAUUUGAUUUUAUUCAGUUUUUGUGCAAUUUAAUAGCGUUGGUGAAUGGUGCUUGUUUAUCUAUGUUAAGGCAUAUCGGUUAAUUCAUUAAGAUUAUAAUGGAAUAAUAAAACAGUACAAAUUAUCUCAAUCAUAAUCACUAAAUGUGUUGAAUAGCCUAAACCAUUCAAUUGUUUCAGCUAGGUAAAAAUGUUAACAUAAAAGGAGUCAAAUGAAACUUUGCACAUCUUCAGGGAUGAAAUAUUAAUUGUUAGUACUUCUGAUUAAAACUUUGAGAAAGACAUAUGGCCAUCCUCACAUUAUGCUUAUGUUAGGAGAGAUUCCAUAUUCUUGAGCACAUGGAAAAUAUUAUUAGAAUGUAUAUCUUCACAGCACUUAGAUUUCAAUCAAAUUUUAGUGACCACUAUGGUUUGUCUUUGACUUGUUGAUGUAUUAAAAAUUUCUAAUAGUGAAUAAUUUGUGUAUUUAAGACCUAAGACUGUGCUUUGUUGAGCUUUUUUUAAAAUUGUGUAUAAUAACUUGUAAAUAGAAUAUAUUUAUGAAAGAUUCAUUUCUUUCAAAGAUAAUAUGUUAUUGUAGACUAUGUACAAAAUUAACUAGCUUACUUUUGAAUGAUUUUUUUUUUUUUUUUUUUAAAAAGAGGGAAUUGUGUCAAUUAUUUUAACAUGUCAUCCAUACCCUUCUUGUUAGCCCUAAUUUAAUCCUUAUUAGUUGGUAAUUUUAUUUAGUUCAUAUAUAAGAUGUAUUAUAUAAAAGUUGUUUUUGUGAAUAUGUUUGUACAAAUUAUUAAGACAACACUGGAUAAAUGGAAAAUUGUGCAGUGAAAUAAACUAUGCCAUUAAAUAGCCAA